GUGGUGAAUAAUGACGGCUUAAGAGCCAAAUUUGUGGACAACAUUGUCAACUUCGUGAAGCAGUAUGGAUUUGAUGGAUUUGAUUUGGACUGGGAGUAUCCAACACAGCGAGGAGGAGCUGAAGCAGAUAAAGCAGCAUUUGCAAAAUUACUGAGUGAACUUCGCCCAAAAUUUGAUGCAAAUGGUUUCAUCCUUUCCGCAGCUGUGUCGGCAGGGAAGGCUACCAUUGACCCUGCUUAUGAUGUGCCAGCACUUGCAAAGUACGUAAUUCUGCAGCCACGGAAUAAGCUUAAUUCAAAUACUGUCCACCGCUGAUCUUGGUCAUAAUGUGUCUGCACUUC